GUGACUCUGCGGAAGUGACAACAUUGCGCAGACGAAGCUAAACGUAAACAUAAGCUGUCCUCGUUUGCGCGUUUAAAUUAACACCAAGCCUCAUAUCAGCUCAGCAAUGGACGGACCCGUCAGAGCACCUUCAGACUACGCAGCCGGACCUCCACCUUAUGCCAGAGGAAAUGAAGGCUCCCUGGUUUCAGCCCUCAAGACACUGCUGUUCUUCACUAUCCUCAUGGUCACAUUACCCAUCGGACUGUACUUUGCAUCAAAGGCGUACAUCUUUGAGGGUUCGAUGAAGAUGUCGAGCUCUGACAGCUACUUCUACGCCGCCAUUGUUGCCGUGCUCGCUGUGCACGUGGUUUUGGCUUUGUUUGUUUAUGUGGCCUGGAACGAAGGCGCACCUAAAGGCAAGGGCAAACAUGAUUAAGGCGCGUCCGUAUGAGCUCGCAAAGACCUGCGGAGACAGAUAGACGUGGAUCCUCACGGACCCCCUACACCUCGGGCUCCAGCACGAAACAUGACGACAUCUUCCAACCUGACUGUUAGGGGAUCUACUUUGAGCUUUGUGGUUAAAGCUUAAAUCUAGUGUGUAGUUCUCAGGGUCGGGGGAGUAGAGGCUGUUGGAUGUGUAUGUGUGUUUUUUGUUUUUUUGUCACCAGCCUCAGCAGAUCUGCUUUCUGACUUUCUGUUGUAUGAAAAUGUAACUUUUGUUGGCAGAGGGCAGCCCAUAUUUUUAAAGAGAUUUUCUUAUAAGUUGCCAUCUGGCUAAGUUCUGUGAAGAGUGUGGAAUGCAGGGAAACAUCUCGGGCUUUUGAUAAUGCAUGCACACACACACACACACACACACUGUAUGUACUUGUACUGUGUAUGUACGAAGGAGUUGGUUCCAAAAUACAACACUGCGUCUAUUCUUUGAAUAUUUGUGCUACUGAAUAAAUCAUACCGUCUUCAAAUUUCACUUCUUAUCAGUGUCAAGUUAUGAUUCUAAACCCAUAUGUGCACAAAUGUAAUGCUGUAUUUUGGAACACGCCUCUCACAAUGUCAUGUCAUUAUAAUAAUAUCAUCCAUUUGUUUGUUCUGUCAAGUCUUUUUUUUUUUUAUAGAUAUUUUGAAACUUCAGACUAUUUAAUGUUUUGUAUUGAAUAUGUUUGGUGAGAUUGAGGAUUGAGGAGAUUGUCGUGGAAGUCUGUGUGAUUGAGAUGAGAACAGUGCUCAAAUAAAUAUGGGAAAACAAAA